CCAGGAGGCGCAGCGCAGUAGAGUCGGAUGCGCCUGGCGCUGUCAAACAAGACUGAAACUUUCUACAAGAAACCCACUGCGUAAUUACAGAGCUGCGACGAACAUGUAAACCAAAGAAUGGUCUCUUUCCUAUCUGCUUUAUUACACUGUCUCGAAGCGUCCACGCGGUAUCGGAUAUAUUGUUUAUUGGGUAUAUUAUUAUCUGUAAGUAACAUUAGCGGUAGCUGAUUUCGUGACAAGCUAGCCAGCAAUCCCAUACAAACCAAAACAGCACACGGCUAAACUGCUUCCUUCCGGACUCCGGAAGAUACCAGGGCAUCAGCGAUUCUUGUCUAAGCCGGUUAGUCGGCAUAAAAUAAUCAUCCACAGGAGCCACACCGAAGAGGAACUUGGAAAAUCUGCACUGUGACAACAGACAACACUCCGACCGACUUACACACCCUGUCAGAAAGUUGGACAAGUGAAUGUCCUGCCGAACGGAUGCGUGAGGACAUGUCGAGUGGUGUGUGUGUGUCGGAGGGGGGUGUGGGUGUGGGUGUGGGUGUGGGUGGUGUGUGUGUGGGGGAGGGGGAGGGUGUGUGUGUGGCUCAGGAGGAGCUGAUUGGUCGGACUCGUGAGGUGGUGCAAGGCCUGGAGGCCCUGAGGGCGGAGCAUCACGCCAUCCUCGAGGGCCUACUGGGCACGCUCAAAACACUCGGACACGCCCCCGACGACCAACGCCACACCCCCGACGACAAGACGGGCAUCAUCCAGCGGUCUCUAGAGAUGCUGGAACUCGGACUCAGCGAAGCACAGGUGAUGUUGGCGUUGUCGGGCCAUCUGAGUGCAGUGGAGGCAGAGAAACAGAAACUGCGAGCACAGGUGCGGCGUCUGUGCCAGGAGAACCAGUGGUUGCGUGAUGAGUUGGCGUCUACACAACAUAAACUGCAGAAGAGCGAACAGAACGUAGCCCAGCUGGACGAGGAGAAGAAACACCUGGAAUUCAUGAACACACUCAAGAGAUACGACCAGGACUCACUCAGCCCCACGGAUGAUCGGGAUUCAGACUCGGGCAGAGAGACGUUAGACGACCUUUUCCCUGAUGACCAGGACGAACCCGGACCUGGUAUCCAGCCCCCCCACAGCAGUAGUGCGGCUGGCUAUGAGAUCCCCGCGCGGUUGAGGACGCUCCACAACCUGGUCAUUCAGUACGCAUCACAGGGACGAUACGAGGUCGCCGUACCACUAUGCAAACAGGCACUUGAGGACCUGGAGAAGACGUCGGGACACGACCAUCCUGAUGUGGCCACCAUGCUGAAUAUACUGGCACUAGUCUACAGGGACCAGAAUAAAUAUAAGGAGGCUGCCAGUCUUCUGAAUGACGCCCUGGCCAUCCGGGAGAAGACCCUGGGCAGAGACCACCCCGCGGUGGCGGCGACUCUGAAUAACUUGGCGGUGCUGUACGGCAAGAGGGGCAAAUAUAAGGAGGCGGAGCCACUAUGCAAACGAGCCCUUGAGAUCAGAGAGAAGGUCCUGGGUAAGGAGCAUCCUGACGUUGCUAAGCAACUGAAUAACCUGGCGUUGCUGUGUCAGAACCAGGGGAAGUACGAGGAGGUGGAAUACUACUACUCACGAGCACUACACAUCUACCAAACACGCCUGGGACCCGACGACCCCAACGUAGCCAAGACCAAGAACAACCUGGCCUCGUGUUAUCUAAAGCAGGGGAAGUUUAAACAGGCCGAGACGCUUUAUAAAGAGAUACUGACCAGAGCUCACGAGAGAGAGUUCGGAUCCGUAGACGAUGAGAAUAAGCCCAUCUGGAUGCAUGCAGAGGAGAGGGAGGAACUCAGCAAGGGGAAGCAGAAGGAGGAGUGUCCGUUCGGCGAGUAUGGAGGCUGGUACAAGGCCUGCAAAGUAGACAGCCCCACGGUGACGACGACUCUGAAGAAUCUGGGCGCCCUCUACAGGAGGCAGGGGAAGUUCGAAGCAGCGGAGACACUGGAGGAGGCAGCCAUGCGGUCACGCAAACAGGGUCUGGACUCGGCCCAUAAGCAGCGCGUGGCGGAGGUGCUUGGUGAGUGUGAUCGCGACCAGCGGAGCAUCAGCAGCCGCGAGAGCCUAUCAGGCGAGGGCAGCAUGGUCAGGAGCCAAUCCGGCGAGAGCAUCGUGAAGUACGAGAGCAGCGAGGGCGGAGAGGAAGUGAGUAUGAACCUGGAGUGGAACGGGGACGGUUCUGGGUCCCUGAAGAGGAGUGGGUCCUUCAGUAAGCUUCGCGCCUCGAUACGUCGCAGCAGCGAGAAGCUCGUCCGCAAACUGAAGGGCGGCGGCAACCGCGACAACGAACCCAAGAACCCCGGUUUGAAGAGGGCCAGCUCGCUGGGGGUUCUGAACGCUGCUGACAAACCUGUGGCAGAGGCUUUCAAAGAGCGAAAUCAUCGUCUGAGGAAGAGCAGAGACCUGAGUACCAGCCAGACUGAACUGCAGCGCUGAUGACCUGACACACACACACACACACACACACACACACACACACACACACACACACACACACAUACACACACACACACACACACACACACACACACACCAUCGUGACCAGAGGGGGAGGCCUCUCAAAGCCGAUUGUCUUAUAUACAGCUCUGCCCCCAUCUCAAGCCCCCCCAACACACACACACACACACACACACACACACACACACACACACACACACACACACACACACACACACAGAUGCGUCACUUUCCCGCACCUUGAUGUGUGUAUUAAUACUGGAAACAUGUUACUGCUUAUACUGAAUGUCGACAACAAAGCAUGAAGGAGCUUUGAGUUCAACUGAAUUGUGUGUGCGUGUGUGUGUGUGCGUGCGUGUGUGUGUGUGUGUGUGUGUGUGUGUUUACUGUUCCACUGUGUAUUUGGUGAUAUUUAUGUGUUUGUGCCUCACACCUCUGUGUGUAUUUGUUACAUGUAUCCUUAUAUACUGUAUAAUAAUGUUACUUCUGGAAUCUUACACAAA